UGUUCAGGAGUCAGAGCGAUUGUGGGAAGGAAUUUAGUGAAAAUUUACAGUUUAAAGCAAUUGAGUGAUGUUUUCUCGAUGUGAGUGCGUUUCUUACGACUAGUUAGCUUUUAUAGAGUACAGUGUGGGUGGUUCUGUGCGUGGAAAAAGACUGGGGAAAGUGGAGAAGGUGCGUGAGAAAAGUGCCGCGCGGCUGGACGAACGGAGCGGAGUUUGUGGGGAUCUGUGACUGAUAAAUCGAUAUUAGUAGCAAUUUUCCGGUGAUUUUGUGGUGAGAAGGCAAAUAUUCGGCGGGAUUUGCGUCGACGGAGGACGAUUUGCUGCUUCGCGUCGCCAGAUUAUGACUGCUGAAGUGAUGGAAACGUGCUUGGAUCCAGUGCUCUCGAGACUUGUAACGUCACUCAAGGAGGCGGAAAGUUUGUCUGGCGAACAAGAUUUGGGUUUCCUGCAGUCGCUCCUCGAGUCCAAGGAGCUCAAUGCACUCGUCAAUGUACACAGCAAGAUCGCAAAAGUUGGCAAAGAUGACCGCGUCGCGCCUCUGCUGUCAUCAUCAAUGCAGGUGGCCGUCGAAGUGUUGGAACAAUUGGCGCCGCGUUGUCACAUCUCACCGCUCUGCAAAGAAGUCUUCCAUCUACUUCAAACGCCACAUUUGCAGAGUCUCCUGUUUGCCCACGAUUCAAUCGCCAAGAAGGACUUUUAUCCCCACCUCCCGGACAUCCCCGUAGAAGUGGAUGAAGACGAGGAGACAAUUAAGAUUGUCCAACUUGUGAAGAACAAUGAACCCUUGAGUGGAGCACAACAAAGUGCGGAACCAAUUGUAGGUGCCACAAUAAAGACGGACGAUGAGACGGGGAAGAUCGUGAUUGCCAGGAUAAUGCGAGGCGGAGCGGCCGAUCGUUCUGGGCUGAUUCACGCUGGUGAUGAGGUGAUUGAGGUGAAUGGGAUAAAUGUGGAGGGAAAGACACCGGGAGAUGUUCUUCACAUACUCGAAAACUCUGAAGGGACCAUAACGUUCAAAAUAGUGCCGUCUGAUGGAAAAGGUGGUCAAAGGGAGAGCAAAGUUCGCGUUCGUGCUCACUUCGACUAUGACCCACUGAGUGAUCCUUAUAUUCCCUGCAAAGAGGCAGGACAAGCAUUUGAGCGAGGCGACAUUCUCCACAUUGUAUCCCAAGAUGAUGCCUUCUGGUGGCAGGCGCGCAAGGAGGGAGAUAGAAAUGCCCGAGCGGGUCUCAUUCCCAGCAGAAAUCUGCAGGAGCGCCGCAUAAUACACGAGCGGAAAUUGGUGGAGAACAGCAAUGAAUCGAAAAAAGGCUCAUGUGCAUCCAUCUGCUCGACCCCGCCCGGCUCCCCGAAUCCCAACUCAUGUCGUGGGCCCAAGACUAAAAAGAUUAUGUACGACGUAGCGGAGAAUGAUGACUUCGACCGGGAGAUGAUUGCCACGUACGAGGAGGUGGCCAAGCUGUAUCCCAGGCCGGGCGUCUAUCGGCCGAUCAUUCUCAUUGGGGCACCAGGAGUGGGCAGGAAUGAGCUCAAGAGGCGCCUGGCGGCGAGAGAUCCGGAGAAGUACCGCACUCCAGUGCCAUACACCACGCGUCCCAUCCGGACGGGAGAAGUGCCUGGGCGUGAGUAUAUCUUCAUCCCGCGUGACAAGAUGGAGACGGACAUCCAGGCGGGGAAGUUCAUCGAGCAUGGCGAGUACAAGGGACAUCUCUACGGCACCUCUGCCGAGAGUGUGCGCAGCAUCGUGAACGCGGGCUGUGUGUGCAUCCUCAGUCCACACUAUCAAGCCAUCAAGGCGCUCAGGACGCCGCAGCUGAAGCCCUUCAUAAUCCACGUGAAGCCGCCAAGCUUUGAUCAGCUGAAAGAGUCGCGGGAAGCUGCUCGUGCUCGUUCCACUUUUGACGAGACGAACUCCAGAGGAUUCACUGAUGAGGAACUUGAGGACAUGAUAAAGUCCGCCGAGAGGAUAGAUUUCCUCUACAGACACUUUUUCGACGAUGAAAUCCUGAAUGAUGAUCUCGUGAAGGCCUUCGAGAUGCUCGUGCAACUGGCGCAGAAGUCUGAGUGUGAACCUCUGUGGGCUCCAGCCACUUGGGUUCAGUAGAGAGAGAGAGAGAGAGAGAGCGCGAAAUGAAGCUGAAGUGAUUACUUUUGAGAGAUGAAAACCAACAUUUUGUUUCGGUUUCGCCCUUACCAAAAAAACAACAACAACAACAAGCCCUGAUAGUCAAGAGAGACAAAGUAAUUUAAAAAUAUUAGCAUCAUAAAUAGUCAUGUCAUGUAUAUUUGUAAAAAAAGGGAAUAUUUAACAUUUGUCGAGCAGGAAAAAGUUAUUUUCGUGGAUUAGAUGAAACAAAACGACUAUGAAGGCGGGAAAAUUGUAAAAAAAGGAAAAAUUCUCUAUCUUAUAAAAUUUACGAGAUAUAUUUUUUGUAAAUAUUUUCUCACAGCUUUAAUGCCUUUUCCAUCCCCUUUUAAAAUUAAAUGAUGAAGAAAACAUUUAACACGAGAGGAGACACUUUCGAUGGCGCUUAAAUGACACGUUAUUUACUUUUUCUUUUCAAAAUCAACGUUUUUAGACAAAUUUAUUGAGUUGAAUAGUGCAACAGCUUUUCAUUUUGAGAAGACACACUUUCGAUAUUACUAUGAUCUUUUUGGAUAUAAUAAAUGUUGCACUCACUGCCAUGAAUUUUGAACAAAAGCGAGCUCACUGCAUCUCUCGCUGAUUGUAAGAAGAAAGAAAUUUGAAAUUAACAGAGGAGAUAAUAAAAAAAAAAUUAGGAAUAAUGCAAGUUUGCAGUUGUUGAGUUUCUAUUUAAUGAUUAAGAGAGAGAGAGAGA